UGCUAAUUUGUUGAAAAUGUUUAUAAGGACUUGGCCAGAGGAGGAGUCACCUGCGUCUCACCACUCCCAGCACAGGAGGAAAUCCCCGACCUUACUUCUCAGAUCCCCUUUGCCAACUGGAACACCCUCUGACAUGACCCGGAUGCUGUUGCUCAUCUUUAUCAUGGUCCAUCCAGGAUCCUGUGCUCUCUGGGUGUUCCAGCCCCCGGAGAUUCGUACCCAGGAGGGCACCGCUGCCUUCUUGCCCUGCUCCUUCAAUGCCAGCCGAGGGAAAUUGGCCAUUGGCUCUGUCACGUGGUACCGGGACAAGGUGGCCCCAGAGAAGGAAGUGAGGAAUGGGACCCCGGAGUUCAGGGGCCGCCUGGCCCCUCUUCCCUCUUCCCGUUUCCUCUAUGACCAUCAGGCCGAGCUGCACAUCUGGGACACCCAAGACUGUGAUGCUGGAGUCUACGUGUGCAGGGUGGAGGUGCUGGGCCUAGGUGCUGGGACAGGGAAUGGGACUCUGCUGGUGGUAGAGAAAGGCCACCGUCACCUGGGAACACGCUGCCACUUCUUAGAUGCCGCUGAUGAGUGAUUCCAGACCCCAGGCAUCCAAAUGUCUUCAAGAGACCCCAAUAAAUCCUCCUCUGCCCCACCCGCUAAUGCCUUCUUAUGAGUCUCAUGUGUUUCCUUUUCCAUUACCAGGGACCCCAAUAUGCCCCUCUCUGGGGUCCCCCGACUCUUAACUCUCUCUUCUACCAAGCCUGGCCUGGAAAGGUCCAAGGAGUGAGCUUCCCGGUAACCGUGCCUGGAGCCCCCUCCCAUCAUCAUCCCAGGGCUUAGCACCUCCACCUUUCUGGGGUACAGGAGGCUGAGGCGGAUUCUCCUGAGAAAUGGGGAGUAUCAGAUCUGAUGAGUCCUACAUGUCAACUCCCCAUUCCAGCCAGGCCCACGCGUGUACUCUUUCUGGCCUUCAGGGGAACUU